UUUAUAUGGAGGAACCCACAGCUUACCUCCCAUUUCCACAAAUCAGAUUCACCCUGUCCCUUCCUCUCUCCCUUUAUUUAUCCAUGUCCAGUAGCAGAGAUGGAGAAGAAAAGUGUGUGUGUGUGUGUUGAAUUGAAAUUAUCAUGGGUGGUAAUAACUACAGAUUCAAAUUGUCAGAUAUAAUACCCAAAGCUACCUGGUUUUACAAACUCAAACAAUCUCCUCCCUUCAACACCAAACAAAAUUCUUCACCAUCAAACCCUAGAAAAUCAUACUACUUCACUCGUGAUCUUAAUAAUCCUUCAUCCAUCACCACUCACCUACCAACCAAAUCAUCUCCUCUCUGUUCCGAAACCUCCAUGGAUGUUCGCCAGAUUUCUAGCGCCGACAACAAAUUUGACGAGUCAGGUCAAAUAUCUCACUCGCAACUCCCUCCGAUUAUCACCAGGCCGAAUGAGAAAUUCAAGCAGCGGGAGAACAGGAGGUCGAGCGACUCGAAAACGGAUGACGAUAAUGAUGAUGGAUCGGGAACAGUAAAGGCGACGAGGAAGGAAAAGAAGAGUAGAGCAAUGAGGAGGUAUGCAGGGGUGAAGGUAAGAGUUCACUCUCCUCGAAUUGGGAGUAGAAAUCGAGAAAUUGAGAAUGAUGGAGGAGGAGGAAGAAGAAGAAGAUUACUGGAUAGUUUAGCGAUUGUGAAAUCGUCGUACGAUCCGCAGAAGGAUUUCAGAGAAUCAAUGAUGGAGAUGAUAGUUGAGAACAACAUUAGAGCACCGAAGGAGUUGGAGGAUUUACUGGCCUGUUAUCUUGCUCUGAAUUCGGAUCAGUAUCACAAUCUGAUUAUCAAAGUUUUCAAGCAAAUAUGGUUUGAUCUAAAACAACUUGGCAGCUCAAACUAGAUAUUAUUUUAAAA